UCAGUUUAUGGUAAGUCCGUGUCCAGUCCUACUAUACCGACGGCGUCUAUCGGCUCUACAAUCCGCCGUGUGAACCGGGAUGCUGGGGGAUCCAUGAAGCCGUGAGCUCCUGGGCACGGUUCUGUCACCACCAGGACAUGAAUGUUGUUUACACCUCGUCUGUAUCUCUCACUAGCCGUAAACACGAAGCUGUGCUGUCCGCAUGAGAGAGGUUUCUUGAAUUUUAGCCGUUUUUUUUAAAGAAUUGUUUGACGGUUGAGAAGGAGCCGCAGCAGCCACAGGGAGCAGAACUAACAGCCGCGGCCGCUUGACAGGUGCCGUUGCCCGGCUCUGCGUGGAGAGAUGCCGCCCGUCCAGAGAACGAUGUCCGAUCUUCGUACCCGCUCGGAGGGAUAUGAAAAGACAGAGGACACGUCAGAAAAGACGUCCUUAGCUGACCAAGAAGAUGCCCGACUGAUAUACCUCAACCAGCCGCAGUUCACCAAGUUUUGCAGCAAUCGAGUCAGCACAGCCAAAUAUAAUGUCCUCACCUUCCUCCCCCGGUUCCUCUACUCACAGUUCAGGAGGGCAGCCAAUGCCUUCUUUCUCUUCAUUGCACUGUUGCAGCAAAUCCCAGAUGUGUCUCCCACUGGUCGAUGGACCACACUGGUGCCGCUGCUCUUCAUCCUGGUGGUGGCUGCUGUCAAGGAGUUCAUUGAGGAUCUGAAACGUCACAAUGCUGACAGUGUUGUCAACAAAAAGGAAUGUCAAGUACUGAGGAAUGGUGCCUGGGAGAUUGUGCACUGGGAGAAGGUGGCUGUUGGGGAAGUAGUCAGAGCUGCAAACGGGGAUCACCUCCCGGCUGACCUCGUCAUACUGUCGUCCAGUGAACCACAGGGUAUGUGCUACAUUGAAACAUCUAACUUGGAUGGAGAAACAAAUCUUAAAAUCAGACAGGGUCUCCAGGUGACUGCAGACAUAAAGGACAUUGACAGCCUGAUGCGUCUCUCCGGGCGGAUGGAGUGCGAGAGCCCAAACCGCCAUCUGUACGAGUUUGUCGGGAACAUCCGCCUGGAUGGACACAGUACCGUACCACUGGGUCCAGACCAGAUCUUACUGAGAGGAGCCCAGCUGAGGAACACUCAGUGGGUGCACGGUGUGGUGGUCUACACUGGACAUGACACAAAGCUCAUGCAGAACUCCACCCGGCCUCCUCUGAAGCUGUCCAACGUGGAACGCAUCACCAACUUUCAGAUCCUCGUGCUGUUUGGCUGCCUGCUGGCCAUCUCGCUGGUCUGCUCCAUCGGCCAAACCAUCUGGAAGUACCAAUACGGCAAUGAUGCCUGGUACAUGGAUCUCAACUCUCCAGAUGGCGGGGCUGCUAACUUUGGCCUCAACUUCCUCACCUUCAUCAUCCUGUUCAACAACCUGAUUCCCAUCAGUCUCCUGGUCACACUGGAGGUUAUCAAGUUCAUUCAAGCCUUUUUCAUCAACUGGGACACUGAUAUGCUCUAUGAGCCCACGAACACACCUGCCAUGGCUCGCACCUCCAACCUGAAUGAAGAACUCGGCCAGGUGAAAUACAUUUUCUCUGACAAAACGGGGACCCUGACCUGCAACGUGAUGCAGUUCAAGAAGUGCACCAUAGCUGGAGUGGCCUAUGGCCACAGCUCGCAGUCACUGGACGAGGAGGGAUUUAAUGACCCGAGCUUACUGGAAAACCUCCAAAGUAAUCACCCCACAGCUGCUGUCAUCCUGGAGUUCAUGACCAUGAUGGCCAUCUGUCACACUGCAGUCCCUGAGCGCACCGAUGGGAAAAUCACCUACCAGGCUGCAUCUCCAGAUGAAGGAGCUCUGGUGAGAGCGGCAAGAAACCUCGGCUUUGUGUUUUCUGGUCGAACCCCAGACAGUGUCAUUGUGGAAAUGCCUGGAACAGAGGAGAAGUACGAACUACUGCAUGUGCUGGAGUUUACAAGCGCGAGGAAGAGGAUGUCAGUCAUCAUGCGCACCCCAUCUGGGAAGAUCCGCCUCUACUGCAAAGGAGCUGACACUGUGAUCUACGACCGCCUGGCAGACAGCUCGAGGUACAAAGAGAUCACAUUGAAGCACCUGGAACAGUUUGCCACUGAGGGACUGCGCACUUUGUGCUUUGCCGUGGCAGACGUCAGUGAGUCGUCUUAUCAGCAGUGGCUGGAGAUCCAUCACAGAGCCUGCACCUCCCUGCAGAACAGAGCGCUGAAACUGGAGGAGAGCUACGAAUUAAUAGAGAAGAACCUGCAGCUGCUCGGGGCUACAGCGAUAGAGGACAAGCUCCAGGAUAAGGUACCCGAGACCAUCGAGACUCUGAUGAAGGCGGAUAUCAAGAUCUGGAUUUUGACAGGGGACAAACAAGAAACAGCCAUUAACAUUGGACAUUCCUGCAAACUUCUGACCAAGAACAUGGGCAUGCUCGUGAUCAAUGAAGAAACUCUUGAUAGAACCAGAGAAACGCUCAGCCACCACUGUGGAAUGCUGGGAGAUGCCCUCUACAAGGAGAACGACUUUGCUCUUAUUAUUGACGGCAAGACUCUCAAAUACGCCCUCACAUUCGGAGUGCGACAGUACUUCCUGGACCUCGCCCUGUCCUGUAAAGCUGUCAUAUGCUGCAGAGUAUCUCCUCUCCAGAAGUCAGAGGUGGUGGAGAUGGUGAAGAAACAGGUGAAGGUGAUCACGCUGGCUAUUGGUGACGGCGCUAACGACGUGGGAAUGAUCCAGACAGCUCAUGUCGGUGUGGGAAUCUCAGGCAACGAGGGUCUGCAAGCUGCAAACUCCUCUGACUACUCUAUUGCCCAGUUCAAAUACUUGAAGAAUCUGCUGCUCGUCCACGGAGCCUGGAAUUACAACCGUGUAGCCAAGUGUAUCCUGUACUGCUUCUACAAGAAUAUUGUCCUCUACAUCAUUGAGAUCUGGUUCGCGUUUGUCAAUGGCUUCUCAGGCCAGAUCCUGUUUGAACGCUGGUGCAUCGGCUUGUACAACGUGAUCUUCACUGCUCUGCCUCCUCUCACUCUGGGGAUAUUCGAGCGCUCCUGCAGGAAAGAAAACAUGCUGAAAUAUCCAGAACUCUACAAAACCUCCCAGAAUGCAAUGGGUUUUAAUACCAAGGUCUUCUGGGCCCAUUGUCUGAACGGGCUCUUCCACUCCGUCAUCCUCUUCUGGUUCCCACUUAAAGCCUUCCAGCAUGAUACAGUUUUUGGCAACGGAAGAACUCCAGACUAUCUCCUCUUAGGCAACAUGGUUUACACGUUUGUGGUCAUCACAGUUUGUCUUAAAGCCGGCCUUGAGACCUCGUCCUGGACCAUGUUCAGUCACAUCGCCAUCUGGGGAAGCAUCGGCCUAUGGGUGGUGUUUUUCAUCAUCUACUCCUCCCUGUGGCCCCUCAUCCCACUGGCUCCCGACAUGUCAGGAGAGGCGGAGAUGAUGUUCUGUUCGGGCGUCUUCUGGAUGGGCCUGUUCUUCAUCCCAGUCACUUCGCUGAUCUUUGACGUGGCCUACAAAGUGGUGAAGAAGGUGUGUUUCAAGACCCUGGUGGAUGAGGUUCAGGAGCUGGAGGCUUUAUCCAAAGACCCUGGAGCAGUGGUGCAUGGAAAGAGUUUGACGGAGAGGGCCCAGCUCCUGAAGAACGUCUUCAAGAAGAGCACCGUCAGCUUGUACCGCUCUGACUCCAUGCAGCAGAACCUGCUCCAUGGGUACGCCUUCUCUCAAGACGAGAACGGAGUGGUGUCUCAGUCUGAGGUCAUCAGAGCGUACGACACCACCAAACAGAGGACCAACGAGUGGUGAGCCGCCGCCCCUCUGGUCGGCCAAUCCGGAGCCACAGCAGCCGUUUCUAAUGGCGAUAUUUGAAGCUUAGCGGUGGGAAGACGAGGCGCGAGCGUGUGCCUCCAGCACUGAGGGGAUUUACAGACAUGAAAAUGAAACGGACAGACGAGAGUGUCUUUGAAAAAGGGAAGAAAAAAAACAAGGAACAAAAUAAAUUGUGUUCACUAUCAGCUGUAGUUGUGUGUCCAGCAGACAUGAUGAGCACUGUGCUUUCUUAGCAGUCUGUGGUCUGAAGUUCUUCACUGUUCUCGCUCAGUUUGUUGGAGUGAACGUCUCCUCUUUAUUGAAAAAUCAUUAAAUUAAACUCCUAAACACUGUUAUUAUAGAAGUUAAAACACUGGACGAUGAUUAGUUUUAGUGAACUUGUGAAAGAUUGCCAAAGAGCAGUCGUGUAUACAAUCUUCCAAGUACUAGUGAAUUCGGAAAACUUAAAACCAAAUGUAUUCACACUCCUGAGUGUAUUCCAGCACUAAAUGGACCACUUCAGAGCAGACAUUGUAAUAAUUACAUUUUUGUUUUGCACUUAAGGAAGCAUCUAUUGUGUAAAGCCUUACAUUUGCUCAUGCCUUCAUCCUUGUUUCUUUUAAAACGUUUCUUUUUAGUUUUAAAAAAGUAUGUAGAUAUCGUGCCUGGUUUUAUUUUUUUAUUUUUCCUUGUUCUUUCUUUUUACGAGGUUGCCUCCUGCAACUCACUGUAGUCCUGUUUCCACCGUUUUUACAGCAGAAGCAUUGCUCUCGACGAAUAAUUGCAUUCCACACAUCACUCCUGUCUCAACAAUCACAACGGUGCCUACGUAGAACUUUUCCCUCAUAGAAGAAACAGAUAGCCAAGAAUAGUUUAGCCAGCUAGCUUAGACCAGUGCUCCACACACACACACCUACUGAAGACAAAAUCACUGUCUCCCCACCACAGUAUUGCACUCGUACAAUGUGAAAACUACAGAGUGCCUUGUGGCACGAGUUUAAACUACGAUUUGUUCCUGCAGAGGCGAACAGGAGGCUCUCUGAUGGUUUUGUUGGAGCUCACAGUGGUGAUAGUGUUUCCCUUAAAAUGGAGAUUUUAUCCUUCUAACAUAAGUGCCAUUAGCUUAAGGGAGAGAGAAAUAUUAGCCAGGAAAACUUCACGACAAUAUCGAAACUACUUUGUCUCUAUAGUUAUUUUGUGGAUUUGUAUUUUUAUAUUGGAGAUGUAUGAAUUUUGCAUCGACUGGCUUUGUAAUGAACUGUCUGUAACUUUUUUUUUCUUCCUCUGAUAAACUGGCAGGAUAGAAUAGAUCGAAUGAGGAGCUUUCUUAAAUGUCUUGUUAUUAUUAAUAUUAAUAUUGUUACAGCUUGAUUUAUUUAUAAUUGACUACUUAAUGUCUGUGUGAUUGCUUUCUUCUCCCUAUGGGAGAUCUGACGGUGUGUAUGAGCGCGUGUGUCAGUUUAUCGCCUGCAUGUGCAUGUGCUGUAUGUGUGUGUAUGUGUGUGAGUGUGUGAGUGUGUGUGUGUGUGUGUGUGUGUGUGUGUGUGUCACCUCUACUGUGGGUAAAUUCUGUGUAUGCAUUGCAUGUCUGUGUCCUCUACGUGAGACCGGGAGUUUCUGGCGUCCCCCGGUGUGUUUCUUUUAAUGUGUGAAUGUGAGUGUGUGGCUUGCUCCAGUUGUCAGUCUGCACGACUCCAGGUAUAGCUAUAGUGUACUACUGUGUGCUGAUGCAUGGCCCGUAUGGGAAUGUGUGAGUGUUAGCGUGCGGUAUGACUGUCUGUGUGGUCAAACUCUCGACCCCGACUGUGGGAGUUUCUGAUGCUCAGCUCGCUUUGACAGGAGAUGUUGCACAAUGCACUCGAUGUACCUUUCCAGUAGUGGAUAUCUGGUAUUAUCUGGUUUCAGUAUAUGAUUUCUUUUGAGUGUACAUGUUUGUAACUUGUUUUCUUCAUGCAGUGUACUUCUGCUUUACAGGAAAGCUCUUUAGUGAGGGUUAACGAUUAUUUUUCUCUUUGCUGGUCUUUAUUGUUAAAACUUAAUUGGUCGUCAUCUUGUCAAAAAGUUUCCAAACCGCUGAAUGUGGAUGUUGUCGUUGUGGAAGGCUUGGACUGUUGCUUUCUUUUUCCAGAAAACAUAAAACACACGUUGUUGUCUGUGAAAGUCGUGGGCUGCAUGAAUGGAUAACACAAACUGUUCUCUGAAAUGUUUAACUGUACUACUUUGAUGCUCCCUCGAGUGUUGAUCACUUUACAAAAGAGAAAAAACCCGCACCUUUAACUUUACUUUUCAAUAUUCGUUUCUUUUCCGUCAUUUUGUUCGAUGAUUGUUCUGCAUGUUGGGACUGCAAACUUAUAAGUGUUGUCUUUUACUGCCAUGAAGGACUACUGAAAUAAACUUUACAAUCAUGGAGGAACAAUGUGAA